UCGAGAGAAAACAAACGUGAAACCCCAACACGCGCAACAUUUGUCAGCUGUUUCUCAGUGGAAAUGAAGUGAUUAUGCCAAGGUCGCCAAAGUUUACGCAACAUUUAUGCAAAAUCUUGUAAAGCACGUAGAUGUCUUAACGCAAGGACUAAAGACUGGAAUAUCUGGACUCAUGAACCUCACAAGUCAAGAUACUGUUACUGCUAGUGGUGUAUUUUUUGUUAAUUUUAACCAAGAUUGCACGUCAUUAGCUGUUGGGGCACGAAAUGGAUAUCGCCUGUUCUCACUUAAUGCAGUUGAUCAAAUUGAACAAAUAUAUGAAAAUGACUCAGAGGACAUCUGUAUUGUCGAACGAUUAUUUAGCAGUUCUCUUGUGGCAGUGGUCAGCCUCUCUUCUCCCCGCAAGCUGAAAGUUUGCCAUUUUAAGAAAGGCACAGAAAUAUGCAACUACUCAUAUUCAAAUACUAUUCUUGCUGUGAAAUUGAACAGGGCUCGUCUUGUAGUAUGUCUGGAGGAGUCACUGUACAUUCAUAAUAUCCGUGAUAUGGGUGUUCUACAUACUAUACGUGACACGCCACCCAACCCAACAGGAUUGUGUACACUUUCUGUUGAUGCUGAUAACUGUUAUUUAGCGUAUCCCGGAUCUAACACAAUGGGAGAAGUUCAAAUUUUUGAUGCUGGUAAUCUGCAUGCUAAAACAAUGAUUGCUGCCCAUGAUAGCCCUCUGGCAGCAUUAAGCUUCAGUCAAUCUGGAGCCAGAAUAGCAACUGCUUCAGAAAAAGGCACAGUUAUCCGAGUAUUCAAUGUGUCUGAUGGCACUCGAAUUCAUGAGUUCAGAAGAGGAGUGAAGCGCUGUGUAUCAAUCUGCAGUUUAGCAUUCAGUCAUGAUGCUACUUUCUUGUGUUGUUCAUCAAAUACAGAAACGGUUCAUGUUUUUAAACUUGAAGAACCCAAAGAACCGAGGGAGCAAGUAUCUAGUGUUGGAUCCAAAACCCAAGGCCAUGGCAUGCCCAAACAGGCUGUAGAGGACUCUCAGGGAGGCUGGAUGGGUUAUUUUUCCAAAGCUGUCAGUGCCUCAGCCAACUACCUACCAACACAAGUCACUGAUGUCUUCAAUCAAGGAAGGGCCUUUGCAUCUGUUCGAUUGCCCUUUCAGAACAGACGCAAUGUUUGUGCGAUCACUAUGAUUCAGAAGCAAAUGAGACUUUUAGUUGCAUCUCAAGAUGGUUUCCUGUAUGUAUACAGUCUGGACAUGAAUGAAGGUGGUGAAUGUACACCUCUCAAACAAUAUAGGUUGGAUGGUCAACCAGAUCUCCUGAAUGAUUCUUCGGCAAGAUUGCCAGUGGCUUCACCUGCUCCUGCUCAACCAAGCGGGUCCAUAAGUAGCUACGCCGGCAUUUUGAAAGGUCACUCUCCCGACUCCAUGUCAGGUACUGAUUCAGAGAAAUUCCAUGAAAUGGCUGCAGCAACAGAGGCGCCUCCCCAGGGAGCUUUCCGUUUUGAUGAUGAGAGUGAGUUUCCACCAGUUACUCAAAAAACAGAGUAACUACUAUUAUCAAGACAAGAAGAUUGUUUGAACUGAAAUAAUUUGGUUCAUUUUUCUGGAUACAAAUGAAGAAGAAGAUUGUUUACCAGCUCAGCUGAACUAUUUUCAAAUGUAGCUCAAAACUAAGUUAACGCACAGUGCUACUUCCCUGUGGUUGUGUUGUUUGGUGUGAGCCAUUUGAAAAGUGCUUCUUACUAUCCAAGUACCUGUGACACAUGACUCUUAGUAACAGCUGUAUCUUAGCAAUAUUUCAGCUGUAUAAGAAUUUUCUCAAUUAUUUUUUUUUGUAUUUUGGGGCUUAUGUGAAAAUAUUUCUGCCACUUGUACUUUCUCCUGUGUUACCAUAUAGACUUAAAGACAGUUUUAUGAAAGAAAACAAAACAAAACUGGUCAUGUAUUUUUGUGCUGGGUUUAUUUUUGUUAUAAAACGUAUUCAAUCUAUGCAAGGAGUUGUAAACUAUGAAUAUUUCACUCCGUUGAUAUCUUCUGUCUCUCUUUCUUUCUUUGAGGUAGAAGAAUUUGAUUUGACAUAUCACAUUUUGUUAGAAGCAAACGGUGCCAUUUGUUUUUGAUUCACUACACCUCUAAACUUUUUAAAAAUGUGACCUAUUUUAUGUAAGCUAAUUAAAUUUACAGCUACAGUAAAAGAUAAAUCAGAAAAUAUUAGAUUUUUAUGUACUAGACCUCUUAGAUUGAUCCACAGGUAAAGGAUUACUUCCCUACAACAAUUACCUUGAGUGAAAAAAUAGCUUGGCUUGCUGAUCUGUGUAUAUCAAGUUAUGCACAUGAUAGUUCUUUGUUUGCCAUCUUGUUUAACCCUUUUUAAUGGUAUAAUCUUUUUUAUUUUCACAAAUUUGUGUUUGGUACCGGUAUAAGCUAUACUAAUAUGAUGGUAACAAUGUAUUUUGUGCUCAGGCUGUUUUAGGUUUUUUUAUGAUAUUAGACAGUAAAGCUAAGGUAUAAGUUAUCAAUUGUAAAAGUAGGUCUAAUUCACUUUUUGUAGUCCAUUUUUCCUCUGCCAGAAAUACAGAAUCGAGUUGUGUAAGAUUCUUGUCCAUUUUAUUUAUAUUUGGCACAUUCAUUUUUAGCCAGUUUCUCUUCCUUUUUUUUUAAAGACAUUAGUCAUUAUGUGGGAUAAAGUGGCUGCACAGCCUAGAUCUCUUUGUGCCAUAUGCUGUGCUUUUGGAGGGAAAUUGCCUAAGUCAAAAUGAGCACUUUUCGCCACUCAACUGCCGGGGCAUUUUAAUGUUUACUUAAAAAUAAUUUGUGUCAAAUCUCUUUACAGUAAAGUUAAAUGAAUAUUUUACGGAUUCAAAAUGUUAACAAAUAUUGCUCCAUGAAAGAAAAAUUAUCUGGUAUCUGAGUGAUUAUGCUGUCUGGUGAUUCAGCUACUUACUGUUGGUAAACUUAACCUUUUCAGAAUAUAUUGUCAUCUGUACCAGAGUAUUGGUAUAUUAGACAUGUGACCAGAUGGGGGUGUAUAAGAAAUGGCAGAACUAUAUAAAUGUUCAAAAGACCUGCAACAACACACUGGGGUGUUAUUGUUUCUAUAAAAAGGAAAAAAAAAAGUCAUAAAAUUGAAAAUGAUUGAUUAAAAAUAUCUUAUUGUUUUAUUGAAAUUUUAAAAUUAACAAAAAUAUUUAAUGAUCCCUACCCUUCUCUUUAUAAAAUAAACUGAAUCUUAGGUCUCUGAUGGGGAAACUGCUUCCAAGUCUUCUUGGAAAUUGUAAUUAGGGUCAACUUUAUUGUUAACAAAAUCUUAAUACUUUAAGUUCAGAGUUUAUGAGCGAAUUUCUUUUGUAAAUAGUGUAUGUAUAUACUCAGUAGCAUACAUCUAGACAUGUGGAUUGUAUCUCUCCGUCCCUUUUCAGCCUAACUUUUUAUUAAGGGGGAAAAUUAUUAGACUGACCAUAAACUCUCACUUUUGGUUGUAUACUGUUUUCAAUUCAAAUAUUUUUGGCUGGAGAGGGAAACUAGGACCAAAAUAAAUGGAAUAAAAUGUUUGUUUAUAUAA